CAGCUGUCACAUUACAGAUCGAGAGAUCGCGUCAAGAUCAAGGCGGCUAGUAGGACGGUUUUGUUGCAUUCGAGGCCAGCUGAUUCAAGGCUGCUAAACAAAUUACAAACGGAAUAAAUCUAUUGGUCGAAACUGAAGGCACGUUUCUGAUUUCAUAAAUAUUUAAAAGACAUUGUUAUAGAAAAGGUCACAGGAACUAAUUGUCUUGCGGCCAUUAUUUAUCAGAAACUUGAGGAGCUCAGGCAAGUUUGAGCACUGAAACGGAUUGAACGAAGGUUACUGGAGGAUAAAUAGACAAUCAGAGCAGAAUGUCUGUGUCUUUAAGAAAUGUUUUAAUCAGCGACGCUGUAGAUUCCGCUUGCUUGGAAUUGCUGCAGAACCAUGGAAUCAACGUCACCUGCAAGUACAAGCUGCCCAAAGACCAGCUGCUUCAGGAGAUUAAGAACUAUGAUGGACUGAUUGUGCGUUCAGAUACAAAGGUGACAGCUGAUGUGUUUGCAGCUGCUACAAGUCUCCGAGUGGUUGGUCGGGCAGGUACGGGUGUUGACAACAUUGACACAGAAGCAGCCACAAGAAAGGGCGUAAUAGUGCUCAACACUCCUGGAGGGAACUCAAUAAGUGCAUGUGAGCUGACAUGUGCACUCAUAUCAAGCUUGGCAAGGAAUGUAGCACAAGCCUGCCAGUCACUCAAGGAAGGUCGCUGGGAUAGGAAGAUCUACACUGGAUCAGAACUAUCGGGGAAAACCUUGGCAGUGUUAGGUCUUGGCAGGAUUGGACGGGAAGUCGCUACAAGAAUGCAGGCAUAUGGCAUGAAAACAAUUGGUUUUGAUCCACUGGUUUCUGCUGAGUCCGCUAAGCAGUUUAAUGUGGAAAAGAUGGAACUGGAGGAGAUAUGGCCUCUUGCAGAUUAUAUCACUGUACACACUCCACUCAUACCACAAACAAGAAAUUUAAUAAAUGAGACGGCACUAAAUAAAUGUAAGCAUGGAGUGCGAAUAAUUAACGUUGCAAGGGGAGGCAUCAUAGAUGAGGCAGCACUGCUUGAUGCACUAAAGGAUGGCAAGUGUGGUGGAGCUGCACUCGAUGUGUUUUGUGAGGAACCGCCAAAGUCUGCCAUUACUCUGGAACUUAUCCAGCAUCCGGCUGUUAUAGUAACACCUCACUUAGGUGCCAGCACAAAUGAAGCUCAGCAAAGAGUAGCAGUGGAGAUUGCUGAACAGUUUAUAGCAAUAGCAGCCAACUGCUCCGCUGCUGAGAGAGCUUGUUACACAGUCACAGGAGUGGUCAAUGCCCCUAUACUGGCUGCUGCAAUGGUCCAAACCAACACACCCUGGAUUUCACUUUCAAAGGAAAUGGGCAAACUAAUUGCUAAAAUUAUACAAGGAGCAAAGCUUGGGACAUACGUGUCCAUCAAAACUAAUGGUUAUGGUAUGGAGAACAGAAAGUUCUUAGGCACUGCAGUGCUGGUUGGGAUGCUGACAGGGCAUACUAAGAAUGGCCUUAACCUUAUCAAUGCCCCAGCACUUGCUAAGGAUGCUGGCAUAGAAGUUUCUCAGUCCUAUGAAGGCAACAAUGAAGUACCAACACUAACUGUGACAGUAUCCGAGGGCAAGAAUUUUUCACAUUCAGUGCAAGGAACUGUCCGAGCAGAUGAGCUACCAUACUUGUUAACUAUUGAUGAUGCAAACUUUGGACCAACUGGUGUGCUUCUGAGCAACAACAUUCAUAUAUUCCAAUGCCAGAAUUGCACAACAAAUCUGACAGCCAUAAUCACACAACUCACAUCCAAAGGUGCCAACAUUAUAAAUGUUGCAAUAGCAACUGGAAAGAAUGUUUGGAUUGCUGUCAGGACUGCUAAUGAAUUUACUGACAACAUUUCUAUUCCUGGAAUAAUUUCAUUUUAAUUACCAACAAAAAUUUGGGAAAUUAAACUUGUAACAUACAACAGAAACUACAUAGCUUCAUGCAAAUUCAAUAUUAUUACCACUUUAAAAGUCUUAAGACUUAAAAGAACAAUAUGUUAACAGGUGUAAGUUAACAUUUUGACUGGCAAAUUUACCUUUCAAGUCUCUUAUAAGAGUGUGAAAAGCCACAGUAACUUUAAAUGUAUAUUCACAUUUGUAAUUUUACAUCAACUCAAUGCACCACAUAAUUUUAACUCCAGAAUAAGAAUUUGUCGACUAUCUCGUAAAAAAAACAAA